CUCGAGGGUUUUGGGCGUGUUUUUCGCCGCCGGAGACGGCCCACUGCAGGCGUUGGCGGCGUUGCUGGGUGGGAAAGUGUCCAAACCAUUCGACCGUGGCAAAAGGUUCGGCGCGGAACGGCUAGCGGGCCGCUGAGAGCCCAGAAGCCGCAGUAGAGCCCAGUGCUCCUGACCUAGUGGUCGACCUGCGCGGCCGCGCGUAACGCACGGCUCGCAGCGAGUCGACGGGGCCUCGGCGCCGCUCUUGCGGAAGCGCUGCGGGGCGGAGGGCUGCUACGCAUUCACCGAGUCGACCGCGAUGCUCCGCGCCUCAAGACUCCUCGCCACGAGCGGCGGGACGACCAGUCGCGCCGCCGCGGCGACAACAAGCCGCACCGCGACGAUUACUCGCGCCGCCGCAACAAAGCGGAUAAGCGCCACCGAACAUGUCGCGCCGUCUGCGCGAUGGCGUGGGACGCUGGACGCGGUCGCACGGACAGCGAGGGCGCAGGCCGGGAGCAGCGUCGCGACGUCCGCGCGCUGGCGCCGGACGCUGCAUCAAAUGGCACGGACACCAAUGCUGCCGGCCUGCGCCCUCGCGACCAUCACACUAGCGCGGCCGCCGAACUGCGAAGUCGCCGUGGCCGUACCUCCCAAAAAAACGAUGCCACCAAAAAACUGGCGCGUCGCCAGGACCUUAGGAGGCUGGUCGCUCCGCGUCGCGCCCGUCGCGCUCUGGGCGCCGUUUGCACUUCUGAUACCGUUUUUGAGAAAGUGGUGGUGGCGCCACGUCCUCUACGCGAUCGAGGGCUGCGGCCCGACGGCCGUGAAGCUCGCGCAGUGGUCGGCGACGCGGCCCGACGUCUUCCCCGAGGCUUGGUGCGCGGCCAGCGUCCGCCGAAUCAUGGUCGCCUCGAUGGCGUGGAUGUCGACGCGAUGAUUCAGCAAAGCGGGGAUCGCGUCGACGGCGUUGGUGGGGGUAGAAGCUCGAAAGAACACAACACGCCAUCACAACAACAGAAAACGCAGGUGCCAACGCUGCGGCCUCCUGCAGAACCGCGCGACGCGCGCGACGCAGACGCGACGCGAAGCCCUGCGGACGCUCGCCGACGCGUUCCCCGGCGGUGAUACGGUCCUCGGCGCGACGGUCGGCGCGGGCUGCGUCGCGCACGUCCGGCGGUGCGUUACGCAGCGUCCUCCAUGGUUUAUGGCAAUCGUGAUAUCGACAACGUCGCGGUGCAAGGACGAGACUCUCGCGCGGCCGCGUCGAGCGGCUCUGACGUCGCCUCGACGCCAUCGACGCGUCGUCUCUGCCACGUAUAGACACAACGCCGGACGCGCGCAGGGGCCUGCGCCGCGGCCGGGCGGUCGCCGUCAAGCUCGUGCACCCAUCUACUAGAUCGCGGGUCGAGGACGACGUCCGCGCUUUAAGGUGGCUCGCGCGGGCGGCGUCGCUCCUGAUGCCGCGGACGUGCGAGGUGCUCGACCCCACUGGUUUAGUAGAGGACUUCGCCGACAAGAUGUUGUUGAGUUGCGACAUGAUGAACGAGGCCGAGGCUUUACGACGCUUGCGACGCAACUUUGUUGGAGAGCAGGGCGUGGUGUUCCCGGAGCCUCUACUCUCAUCAAGCGGUGUGUUGGUGGAGAGCUUCGAGCGCGGCGUGCCUUUGAAUGAAGCCUUACCGUCGCUAGAUCCCGAGACGAAACGUAAAGUAGCGCGGCGCGGCCUGCGAGCGUUACUCAAAAUGCUCUUCGCCGACAACUAUAUUCACGGUGACCUCCACGCGGGCAAUCUGUUACUUAGGUUUGACGGUCAUGAUUUUGAUCUGGUGAUCCUCGACGCGGGGUUGGUCAUAGAGCUAUCACCUAGAGACCGGCGGAACUUUAUUGAUUUAUUUGGAGCGGUCGUGAAGCGCGACGGGCGGCGCGCGGGUCAAUUAAUAGCAGCUCGAGCGACGCAUCGUGGAGGUGGUGAGGACGACGUCGAGGCCUUCGUCGACGAGUUGGACCGGCUGGUCAAGGACGCCACCGUCAGGGGCGUCACCUUGAAGGAUUUGCGCGUCGCGGCGUUGUUAAAUGACGUCCUCGCGGCCUGCCGGCGCCAUAGGAUACGCCUCGAGGCGAACUUCGCGACGACGGUCGUGGCCAUCGCCGUCGUCGAAGGUAUCGGAAGGCAGCUCGAUCCUGAAUUGGAUCUGUUGAGGGAGGCGGGGCCGUUCCUGGCGCGGGCUGUUGUAAAGGGCGCGCGGGAGGGGUGGUGAGUAAGUGUUUUAUGUGAGCGGG